AUGCCGAAGGUUCAUAAAGCUACUUCAGAAAGAUGGGUCACUGGUUUUCUCGCCACAUCUGAACUGCGGGAAGCAGAAUCAACGCUUGUACGGUGCGUUCAGCGAGAGACGUUCGCAGAAGAGCUCAAAGCGCUCAUAAAUGGAAAUUUAACCCACGGAAAAUCCCCUGUAUGUUGGUUUAAUCCGUUUAUUGAUAAGGAUCAAGUUCUACGAGUCGGCGGAAGACUCAAACACUCUGCGGAGUCAGAGCAAAUGAAGCAUCCAAUGGUUCUUCCAGCUAAACAUAGAUUUACGCGGCUACUGCUUCGUCAUUACCACGAGAAAUUAUUACAUGCGGGUCCUCAGUUGUUACUAGGAACCUGUCGACUUCGUUUUUGGCCAUUAGGCGGCAGAAGUGUAGUGAGACACAUAAUACACCAAUGCCGAACGUGCUUCCGGGCUAAACCACGAGCCACUCAACAACUGAUGGGAGAACUACCCUCGCCACGCGUUACAGCAGCGCGGCCUUUCCAAAAAUCGGGCGUCGAUUACUUCGGACCUGUUUAUAUUCGACCAGGGCCACGGCGAACAGCGGUCAAGGCAUACGUAGCCUUGUUUGUGUGUCUUUGCACCAAAGGGGUGCACCUGGAGUUGGCAUCGGAUUUGUCUACGGAGCGUUUCCUGCAGGCAUUACGAAUGUUCAUUGGUCGCAGAGGUCGGUGCACUGAUAUCUACUCCGACAACGGCACCAAUUUUGUCGGAGCCCGAAAUCAGCUGAAAGAGCUUUUAGUCAAGAUGAAAGAGCGUAAUCACCAUGAAAUUAUACAAAAGGAGUGCUCUGCUGAGGGCAUCAAUUGGAACUUCAACCCUCACUUUGGCGGACUAUGGGAAGCAGCCGUUCGCAGUGCAAAAUUUCAUCUUCUGCGGGUGAUUGGAAAUCAACCUGUGUCCAUCGAAGACAUGCAGAAACUAUUAGUGCAAGCAGAAGCAAGCCUCAAUUCACGGCCGAUGACAAUUUUAUCGGACAAUCCCAACGAUCUGGAGCCGUUGACUCCAGCACAUUUUCUGAUUGGAGCCUCCAUACAGCACCUUCCAGAUCAGGAUUUCCAAGCGAUUCCAGUGAACAGGCUCAAGCACUGGCAACUUGUUCAACGUCGUUUGCAAGAUUUCUGGUGCCGAUGGCAUCGGGAAUACCUCAGCCAACUUCAAGGGCGUUCGAAACGGUGGCGUGCAACCGUAAACAUCGGGAUCGGAAAACUUGUAGUCCUUUGUGACGAGAAUCAACCUCCAACCCGUUGGAAGAGGGCCUGA